AUGAGCAAUUACACAAUUACACUGACCGGACCUGCACCCUGGGGUUUCAGGCUGCAGGGAGGCAAAGAUUUCAACAUGCCCCUCACUAUCUCCAGGAUCUCACCGGGCAGCAAGGCGGCGCAAGGCAACCUGACCCAGGGUGACAUCAUCUCGGCGAUCGAUGGGGUCAGCACAGAGGGGAUGACCCACCUGGAGGCCCAGAACAAGAUUAAGUUAGCCACCAGCAAACUCAGCCUCACCAUGCAGAGGUCGAGACGUCCAGCCCCUGUUCCCACGGCAACCCCAAGAAUGGAUUCCCCUAUGCCAGUGAUCCCACACCAGAAGGUUAUUGCCAACACAGCUGCCAACACUGAGUACGUGCCCAGUUUUAACCCCAUUGCACUGAAGGACUCAGCACUGUCCACUCACAAACCCAUAGAAGUGAAAGGUCCCGGUGGCAAGGCAACCAUUAUCCACGCCCAGUACAACACUCCCAUUAGCAUGUACUCGCAAGAUGCCAUUAUGGACGCUAUCGCCGGCCAGGCCCAGAUCAGAGGAAACGAGAUGAGUGGUGAAGAUGCAGGAUCUCCCUUGGCCACUCUCCCAGUUAAAGACCCUCUGGUGGACAGUGCCUCCCCAGUGUACCAGGCAGUCAUUAAGUCUACUGACAAGCCGAUGGAGCUGUCUGACUGGGCCCGUCGUGCUGCCAACCUGCAGUCCAAAUCCUUCCGAGUCCUCGCUCACAUCACAGGCACCGAAUACUUGCAAGAUCCAGAUGAGGAAGCUCUGAGAAAAUCAAGGGAAAGGUUUGAAUCAGAGGUGAAAGGCCCACGAUUUGCCAAAUUGAAAAACUGGCACCAUGGUCUGUCUGCACAAAUCCUCAAUAUCCAGGGGUAA